AUGAGGUACUUUGAAGGAACUGCAUUCAUCGUCUAUGGCCCAUCCUUUGUCAAAGACACGAUAUCGACUCAAAGUCAGGAGCAGCAGAUUUCAUAUUGCAACCAUGUACACCAUGUCCAUGCUCAACAUGAACACAAGCAAAUGAAAGAGAAUGCUAAUGCCAAUGCCAAUGCCAGUGAAACAACAUUUUCUUUGCACUCGCAACAAUGUCCGGAUUUUAUAGCAACCUUUCGGCCUAGACUCAGCUUAAUGCUACAAGAACAGCAAGGAAAAGAGGAAGAAGACAAAAGCCUCACUGAGCUCGACGAUAGGGGGCUCAAUAAUAAUCAGGCUUUCCAACAGGGAAAGGAACAGCAGCAGCGUAUGAGGAAAGGUCAUAAUCAGGACGAUCAACAGCGGGAAGAAUUGACAACUGAUAAGAUGUUUAUACUCACGGGGACGCCCCAUCCUUGGGGCAGCUACCCUCAUGACAUAUCUCCACCUCAUGGAUGUAUCCCGCCUCAUCUUUAUUAUCAAGUAUCAAUCAUGGAGUAUGAUCAAUCCUCUAAUUUCUCAUGUCGAAAUAGUCAAAAUAUUCAAGAAGAAAGGGAAAGAGGACCAAGGGAUCUAGAGUCAAAUAAAGGGUCAACUACAGAUUUAAAUCCAGGAGACAGAGGUGGAAUGUUUGAGAAUAAGUGGAUCAUCCCCUUCGUUCAUCGCUUCGGAGACGGUCAAGAUGACGCUGGUGGGUUGACCAGCUCGUAUCAAGCACUAGAGCAUUCCGAGGAUGGAGUAGACGAUUAUGGUGCUUUUAUGGAAUACAGAGUGGCAACAGCCACAGCAGCAAGAUCCUGUUCUCUUUAUGCAUCCACAGAUGUGUUAAUUUCAGAACAGAGAGUAACGGAGGUGAUCGAACGCGAAUUCUUUAGCCAAGGUUCGGUUGAAGCAUCAUCAACAACAGCGGCAACACCUACAAAAAUAGCGAGCAUUACAACAACGCAUGAACUGCUGGAGCCUUUAAAACGUCAGCUGGCAUACUGUUACAAAUCAAAACAACUACCCCCAUUUGUCGUGCUACAAUCAGAUUUGAAGCUAAUUUUACCAGAUCAAUAG